AGCAAGCCUCAUUUGCAGGUGUGACUGCUUAGUAUAAUCUGGUGCAGGUUGUCUUGUAUGGGAUUUCAGCGCUGGCUCAUAAAAAUCCUAAAUUACACAGCUAUCUUCUGAGAGAGCAGUUCAAAACAAAUGGGGAUACUAGACCCAAAAAUUAAGAAACAAGGAUUUCAAACUAUGUAGUUUCAGACCUGAUUCAGUAAUGUUGCCUGAACACACACACGGUUGUUGUCAAAGAAGGAAUGAAAUGCGUCCCUAUGGUCUACGGCGGAGUAUUCGAUGUCCUAAGAAAUAUGGGGAGACUAUUAAAGAGAGGAAAUACAUGUUGGCCCCAAAUUAUGAUUUGGACCUUUUGUGUGAGCAGAGUGAAGCUGAACCCCAGAAACUCCCGGAUGACCGGUAUAUAAGGAAUGCUGCUGUUCUUCCAGAUCUCCAACUAUCCCACAGAGACGGAGCCCUCACUACAGAAGAGAGGACCUUCAGCAGCAUGUCAACUAGCCAGCCAGGACCUCUGAUGAUCCACGGCUUCACAGUACCAGAGUACCAGCAGACAUAUCAUUCAGUGGUGGAUCCCCUGCUUUUUAGGCCUUGCGGGAAGCUCGCAGCCUACAGUCUGGAGCUGGGCCGUAACAUUAAGGAACAUCUGUUUAAAGAGCUGGCCUACCCCACACUUCAAAUUUCGGAGCAGCCAAAUGGAACGAUGAAGAUGAUGGAGCGAUUUUGUGUGCUCCGCCCAACACCUUUCUUAGAUAUAGACAGUAACGGGGAACCACAGUAAUAUUUUCCCACUGACUUUCUAUGAUAAGAGUGUGACUUUUUUUUUGUCUCUUGAUACUUUAUUUAGACUAUUUUUGUUUACCUUGAAAUGUAAUGUAGCUGCUGAAUUUAUAUUCCAAAUGUUUAUUGAAAACAAAGCUCCUCUUUAUAAAAAAAAAAAAAAGAUACUAUACUAAAAUUUAUGAGGCCAAAACCUGUGAAUGCUGCAUUUUUAAUUGGUUUGUAUAAAAUGCUUAUAUCAAAUUA